ACGCCACGUAGUCACCCACUCCCAACGCAGUUCCAUCUUCUCCUCCGACCGCCCAAGAAAAGAACCCGACGAGUGAGUUCCCCCAAUCCGCCGAAACCUCCCAACAUCCCAACGGAGCCCAGUGCCCAGCCUGCCUCGGCGCGAUCCCGCCGCGCUGCUCGAGGUCUCCUUCCCUGACCUGAACCAGUCCAGAACGCCGACUUCGGCGGACGGGAUCGUCCAGAGCCGCCGAAUCCGCCGCCGUCGUUGAUGCACCGGGGCCGGGUCAUCGAGAUUCCGGCGUGAGGCGGCGAGGCUACCGACUGUCCCUUGCGCGCGUAGGGCAUCGGAGGAGCGCCCCGCCGCGGCCCAUGGCGUGCCGGGGCUUCUUCGAGUGCGUCCUCAAGCUGCUCAACCUCGUCGUCAUGGCGGUCGGGCUCGCUAUGGUGGGCUACGGCGCCUACCUGCUCGUGAUGUGGCUGCAGGUCGCGCCGCCGCUCCCGCCGCCCGCGCCGUCGCCGGCGCCCAGCGGCGGCGACCUCGUGCGGCUCGGGAGGCCGCUGCUGCUCCUUGUCGAUGCGUCCCUGUCGGACUCGGAUGGGACCGCGGAGAGGCUCUCCAGUGCCUGGUUUAUUUUUGCUUUCAUUGGUGUCGGUGCUAUACUCUUCAUCACAUCGAUCUUUGGUUGUGCUGGAGCUAGAAAUGGAUGCUGCCUGUCUAUUUACUCAUUCCUCAUUAUUUUGUUCAUACUGGUCGAGCUUGGUGCAGGAGGCUUCAUUUUCUUCAACCAUAGUUGGAAAGAGGUCAUCCCAGUUGACAAAACUGGAAACUUUGACAUGAUGUACAGCUUUUUGAAAGAGAAUUGGAGAAUUGCAAAAUGGGUUGCACUUGGAGCUGUUGUAUUUGAGGCAUUGUUGUUCACUGUGGCUAUCAUAGUACAGUCGGGGAAUCAAGCUGAUUAUGACAGUGACGAUGAGUACAUCGGCGCAAGGUCUGGAAUACGGCAGCCGUUGGUGAAUCAGCAAGCUGCUGCCACUGAUCCUAGGGUGCCCAAUCUCGACUACCGCCCAAUCCGGAAUGACGCAUGGAGCCAAAGAAUGAGAGAAAAGUACGGGGUGGACAGCUUUGAUCCGAACAGGUUUCAACAGGCCACGAUAUCUCCAGGAGAACAAAGAAACCGAUGCACCAUUCUCUGAAGCUUGAUUGACAGCAACCAGUAGUGGUUCCAAGUUUUAUAUACAUCCAACCGUACAAUUACAUCGAGUUGCAGAGAAUAUGUGCCUGAUUGUGUAGCAUAUGCCUGUAUCUGUUUUUUGGUUUAUAUAGUCCAAACUCAGCACACCAAUGCACAGGUGCAGGUGCCACAAUCCUUUUAAGUUUUUCUAAUAAGUACUGAACCUAGUUUGUGUUUUAGUCUAAUGUUCCAAUGUGCAUAAAACUUUUCCUGUUUAAGUGAUGGUCACUACAUUCACGAAUUUGCGAAUCAGACAUGUUUGUUACGCAAAACUUUA